AUGAGUAAAGGCAAAAUAACAGAGAUCAAAAUUCCAGUCAAAUUUGCAUCAGAAGAGUCAAUGGCGCUUGAUCCAGACGACUUAAAGAAAGACAAGAAAUUAGGAGAAGGGUCUUUUGGAAUUGUAUAUAAAGGGUCUUACAGAGGAAACGAUGUUGCUAUCAAAGAGAUGAAGGAGAUGGUUGUUGCCAAAUUGGGAGUUAAAAGUUCAACGACAAACAACACUCUUUCUGGCACUAACAGAGGAAAUACAGCAAGAGACAAAACAAAAAAUACGACCAAAAAUAACACGACAGGCAACUUGUCAGCAACAGUCAGAGACAAAACUGCUGCUGAGAAACAGAUGGAUAAGAAGAUGGACGAAUUUAAAAAGGAAGUUGCGAUGUUGGCCAAAUUUGUGAGUCCGUAUGUCAUUCGAUUCUAUGGAGCGUCGUUUAUACCAAAUAGAAUAUGUAUGGUCACUGAAUUAGCUAAAUAUGGCAGUCUACAAGACUUAAUGAAACACAAAAAGGCCGAUGAAGUUAUACUAAAAAUGCGAAUUAAAUUGAUAUUAGACACUGCUAAGGGAAUUCAAUAUUUACACGCAAAUAACACUCUUCACAGAGAUAUUAAAUCGGAUAACACACUUGUCGUAUCACUGGACUUUAAUGAUGAAGUCAAUGGAAAAUUGACUGAUUUUGGAGCGUCAAGAAACAUUAACAGUCUUUGUGAUAACAUGAUGUAUACAAAGGGUAUUGGAACGCCAAAGUACAUGGCGCCUGAAAUCACAAACGUUGAAAAAUAUUCACUUGCGGCUGAUGUGUAUUCAUUCGCUAUUACAACUUUGGAGUGCUUGACUUGGAAAGACCCAUUCGAUGAAAAGUUGUUCCCAUACAGUUGGGAUAUCACUAAUUUGAUUUCAAGUGGAAAACGACCACAAAUCGAAUUGGAAGAUGAAGAACACAAAGCUCUCAUUGAAGAAAUGUGGAAACAAGACCCAAGAGAAAGACCUGAUAUGGAUGUUGUAGUGGAAAAGUUGAAACAGAUAUACAACAAAGCGAAUUGA